AUGAGAUCAAUUCAUAAGAAUGCACUGUAUGCAGCGAAAAACUAUUCAAGACGACUACGAUUUGCUGGCAGACGGCAUUCGCGUAAUACAUUGUUGUCCGCGAUAACUGCAAUCGAUAUGGAAAGUCCUGAUACAUCAAAUAAUCACAACGAACGAGCUGAUCUGGAAAAUGUGAACUUGAGCGAUAUAACCAUGCACGAUAAAGAAGGACAGUCGAUAAUCAGCAAAAAUCAAGAUGAACGCCACGAUGAUAAUACUUUAAAAUACACUCCAGACAUAGGCAACGACGGCAGCGAAGAUGAUAGAAUGUCACCUGACUUAAUAUCGAAUCUUCUCCAUCAUGAUUCUCACACUUCUUCACCUGAUACAAAGCAAGUAUCAGUCGCUCUUGCUCUUUUCCGACACCGGCAUCAGCUAUCUAAGUCUUGUAUGAAUGACCUAUGCGACUUACUACGUUGUCUAGGUGUUCAAAAUGUGCCAUCCGACUUUCGCUCUAUUCAACGUCAUGUGGUGCAAACAGAGGACAAAGUUUUGCAAAGUAAAAAGUAUAUUGUGUGUCCGCAAUGCAGUGAAAAGGGAACGAACUCAUCAAAAUGUGAAAAUACAAAAUGCAGUUUGAAUUUUGUCUCAAAUAAGAUUCCAACGACAUUAUUCACAUUCAAAUUACUUCCGCAAAUUAUAUCCAUUAUAGAACGGCAAAAAUUGAUGGUUGAACCCAAUGAUGAUGAUAAGUCAUUAAUGUGUGAUAUUCAGGACAGUUCAAUGCGACGGAGUAUAGUCGAUAGAGAGCGAGUAGAUGAUCCUAGUAAACAAAUAAUAACUUUGCUUUUGAACAGUGAUGGAGUUAUGAUUAAAAAGAUAAGUCGUUCGAUAUGGGUAACAUGUAUGGUUAUUAAUGAGCUACCGCGUGACAUUCGGUUUAAUAUGAAAAAUGUAAUAAUUUCCUCAAUAUCAAUAGGCAGCAUGAAGCCUAAAAAGAACCAAUUUCAAAGUUUUAUUUAUGAUUGGGUUUAUGAAUUGCGACAAUUGGAGCGCGGCUUCUAUGUCUCCUACCCAAACACAAACAAUCGCUUUGUGAAAGUUUGUUGCUAUUUGGUUGCGGCAACGCUUGAUAAGCCAGCGCAAUCUUUACUGAUGAAUAUUAACGAUCCAGUGGGUUAUUACAGUUGUGGAAGAUGUACAAUUAGAGGAGUAUCGGAGCGAAGUGGUCAUGGUUCGAUUCGCGUUUUUCUAAAAUAUUCGCAAAAUGAUAUUCAACAGAGAAGUAACCAAUUAUAUGAUGAACAUAUUCGGAUCCUAUCUCGAAGAAGGUCAAAGCCAAAGUCGAAUGAGAUAGAUCUUGCCUGUGGACAGCAGGGUCCGUGUAUCUUACGAGAUUUAACGUAUUUUGAGAUUGGACGGUCAUUUCCUUCCGACUCAUUGCAUAAUAUAUAUGCGGGAACAUUUAAACGUUUACUUGAAUUAUGGUUCAAAACCUGUCGACAACCGUAUUCGAUACAAAAAAGUGUGAACCUCAUUGAAUUGAAAUUGAACGCUUUACGUUACCCGUCGACAACAUAUCAUUUACCGUCUCCAUUGCGCUUUUAUCAGACAUAUAAAGGAAAUGAGUUUCGGAUGACACUUCUAUUUGGCUAUCAAUAUUUUCAACCGUUUCUACCUGCGAAAUUUUAUGAACAUUUUCGGCUUUUGGCAUACGCAAUGAAUUUAGCUGAAUCAUCCGUUUUACAUCAUGAUGCGAUUGAAAUAAUUUCAGCUUUACUGGAUGAAUUUGACCGAUUGUUUCCGCUUAUAUAUCCAAGAAAAUCGGUGACAUCCGUGAUACAUUCUGUAACUCAUGUACCUGAAACACUACGAGAUUUCGGACCAAUACAAAACUAUUCAACGUUUAAUUUCGAAAGUACUGUUGGUUCUAUUGUGCAAACUAUCAAUGGACCUAAUUUAGUGAUCGCGGAAUUGAUUGAUAAUCUCAAUAUUUUGCAAGGAGCAACCGCUGAACUAGAAAACACUCGUUUCAAUAGGUCUCUUGGAUUAUUUAUUAAACGUAUUUUUUCUUCCAAACGAAAUACAUUUCCAAACGACACGUCAAUCCAUGAGCAAACUGUGCGAGUGGGACGCACGGUUCCAUUGCCAGAUGAUCAUUUUGUCAUGGAACACUUACACAACGAAGGUAUCUUUGACUUUACUUUUCAUCGAACAUGCUGGAAAAAGAAUGUGAGAUUUUCUGUUUAUGAAUCUACCUCAACAAGUAAAAGUUGUGAUUCCUGUGUCCAGUUCAAGAAAGAAAAUGACACAAAAUGUGGCUUUAUUGUCGGAAUUAUUUAUGAUUCAAAACAAAAAUGUUCUGUUAUAAUUCAUUGCGUUCGUGUUGCGAAACAAGAUUCUUUCAUAUUCAAAGGAAAGACUAUUGUUAAUCCAUAUGUAUUCUUUGGGCAAUUGUCAAAUCCACCGCAUCUGGAAAUAAUUAAUCUACAUGAUAUUAUCAUAAAACUUGCAUAUAGUAAACAAGAAACGUUUCAUUUCUUCCAAUUUCCAAACACUUCAGAGAGUACUUAG